AUGACUGUCCUCAAUUUGGUUCCGUUGCCGGCUGACGAGAUCUUUGCCCUGAACCGCGAAUACGCCAAUGACACUUUCCCCCAGAAGGUCAGUCUCGGAGUCGGUGUUUACCGCACUGACGAUGGCAAGCCCUGGCCUUUGCCUGCUGUGCGCAAGGCUGAGCAGCAAUUGCUCGCCGAGGACAACCUCUUCCGACACGAAUACACUGCCAUUGAGGGUGACAUCCCCUUCCUCGAGCUGGCUCGAGACCUGAUGUUCGGUUUUGACGCCAAGAACCUCUGCGAGGAGCACAAGGCGUUGAAGGGCCGAAUUGGCUCCGUCCAAGCUGUGGCAGGCACUGGUGCCAACCACCUGGGCGCUCUGUUCCUCGCCCACAAGAUGAACCCCAAGACUGUCUGGCUCUCCGACCCCUCUUGGGCCAACCACGUCACCAUCUGGGAUCUCGUGGAUGUUCCCCGCAAGACCUACCCCUACUACAAGGCCGAGACUCGCUCCUUCGACUUCGAGGGCAUGAUGUCCACCCUUGAGGCCAAUGCUCAGGAGGGUGAUGUGAUUCUUCUGCACGCCUGCGCACACAACCCCACUGGUUUGGACCCCACUAAGGAGCAGUGGAAGGCCAUUGCCGAUCUCUGCGAGCGCAAGAAGAUCUUCCCCUUCUUCGACUCGGCGUACCAGGGCUUCGCCUCCGGUUCCGCGGACGAGGACGCCUGGGCGGUACGCUACUUCCUCCACGAGAAGCCGCACAUGGAGAUGUGCGUCGCGCAGAGUUUCUCAAAGAACUUCGGUCUCUACGGCCAGCGUGUCGGCGCGUUCCACUACGUGCUCGCUGAGGGGUCCCAGGACCUCCGCGAUCUCGUGGUCAACAACCUCUGCCACUUCAUCAGAGGAGAGUUCUCCAUGGGCCCUACCGGUGGCUGCUCGAUCGUCAAGAAGGUCUUGACCAACGAUGCGCUGACCGCACAAUGGCAAGACGACCUGAAGGUCAUGAGCUCGCGGAUCAAGGCCAUGCGGGCUGCUCUUUACGAUGAGCUCGUCAGACUCGAGACUCCUGGAACAUGGAAGCACAUCGUCGAGCAGAACGGCAUGUUCUCCUACACCGGUCUCACCACCACCCAGGUGCUGGCUCUGAAGGAGAAAUAUCACGUCUAUCUCAUCAAAUCCGGCCGAGCCUCCAUCAGCGGCCUGAGCCAGAAGAACGUCGCCUACGUGGCGGAAGCCAUCGACUAUGUCGUCCGCAACGUCAAAUAA